AGGGUGUGUCCCUGAGUUUUUACCUGGGAGCAAUGAUGAUCUUGUCAAGCAUUUCACGGAGACCAGCCCAAGUUUUUAGGGUGGGGAUCCAGACAGGUUAUACGUACCUUCCCUCCUUCUCCCAGUGGAAGGCAGAAACACCUCAAAGCCUGCAUGUAAGAACAUCUACUGGGAAAUUAUUUUAAUCAGACACCGGCUGAGUGGGAGAAAGAAAAAGAGCAGAGAAGAACAAACAAAGCUCCCUAGGUCGUGGAUGUAACAGAAGCCAGCGGCAGCGAUGGACUGGCACUCCUUCAGAAGAGCUGCGGUGCUGCUCAUUUUCCUGGUGGUGCUUGAAGUUAACAGUGAAUUUCAUAUACAGGUAAGAGACCAUAACGCCAAAAAUGGUACCAUCAGUUGGCACCCCAUCAGAAGGCAGAAACGUGAGUGGAUCAAGUUCGCUGCGGCUUGUCGGGAAGGUGAAGACAAUUCAAAGAGAAACCCUAUUGCUAAAAUUCAUUCUGAUUGUGCUGCAAACCAGCAAGUGACAUACCGCAUCUCAGGAGUAGGAAUUGACCAGCCACCCUAUGGAAUCUUCGUUAUUAAUCAAAAAACCGGUGAAAUCAAUAUCACAUCCAUCGUUGAUCGGGAAGUCACCCCCUUUUUCAUUAUCUACUGCCGAGCACUGAAUGCACAAGGUCAAGAUUUGGAGAACCCACUGGAGCUUAGAGUCAGGGUUAUGGAUAUAAAUGACAACCCUCCCGUGUUUUCCAUGACUACAUUUACAGGACAAAUAGAAGAAAAUUCUAAUGCAAACACGCUGGUCAUGAAACUGGAAGCUACCGACGCAGAUGAGCCAAAUAACUUGAACUCAAAGAUCGCUUUCAAGAUCAUAAGACAGGAACCUUCAGAAUCACCGAUGUUUAUCAUCAACAGAGGCACUGGAGAAAUCCGAACAAUGAAUAAUUUCCUAGACAGAGAGCAAUAUAGCCAGUAUUCUCUUGUGGUGAGAGGCUCAGACCGUGAUGGUGGGGCAGAUGGCAUGUCUGCAGAAUGUGAGUGCAACAUCAGAAUCCUGGACGUCAAUGACAACAUCCCAUACUUGGAGCAGUCAUCUUAUGCCACCAGCAUUGAAGAAAACGCUCUGCACUCACAGCUAGCACAGAUCAGAGUCAUUGAUUUGGAUGAGGAGUUCUCAGACAACUGGAAGGCAAUCAUUUUCUUUAUCUCUGGAAAUGAAGGAAAUUGGUUUGAAAUAGAAAUGAAUGAAAGAACAAAUGUAGGAAUUCUAAAGGUUGUCAAGCCCCUGGACUAUGAAGCCAUGCAGAACGUGCAACUUAGUAUUGGUGUACGAAAUGUAGCUGAAUUCCACCAGUCCAUUAUUUCUCAAUAUAGAAUCACAGCAACUAUGAUCACAGUGACUGUGUCGAAUGUAGUCGAGGGCUCCGUGUUCCGGCCAGGUUCGAAGACUUUCGUAGUGAACAGUCAAAUGGGAGCAAAUUACAAAGUGGGAGAGUUUGUAGCUACCGACCUGGACACCGGCCUAACUUCAACAAAUGUUAGAUAUGUAAUGGGAAAUAACCCGGCUGACCUGCUGGCUGUUGACUCAAGAACAGGCAUAAUAACUUUAAGAAACAGAGUUACUUUGGAACAAUACCAGAUGCUUAAUAAGAGAUAUGAAGGGACAAUACUAUCAAUAGAUGAUAACCUUCAAAGGACCUGCACUGGGACAGUCAUCAUAGAUCUGGAUGGCUCCGGCUGGGAGACAGGCACAGACACCAGCACAGGUGGAGGUGGCAGCUCAGGAAGUGGUGGCAGCUCUUCUGGAGGUGACACAAGUGAAACUACUUCCACUGAGGAAAUGCAAGUGUCCACAGGAGCACAGGACAGUGGCGGCAGUGGUGGCAAUAAUGGUGGCGGCAGCAGUGAUACCUACGAUAAUGGUGAUGGCGGCGGUGUUGAACGGCAGCCACCACCAGGAGACAAUGUUCACCUGGGUCCUGCAGGCAUCGGGCUGCUCGUCAUGGGCUUCUUAAUCCUAGGAUUGGUACCAUUCUUGUUGCUCUGCUGUGAUUGUGGAGGUGCCCCUGGUGGUGGAGCUGGCUUUGAGCCUGUUCCAGAAUGUUCUGAUGGAGCAAUUCACACAUGGGCAGUAGAGGGCCCGCAACCUGAACCCCAUGAUGGUAUAGCCGCCAUCUGUGUGCCACAAAUGCCACCUGGUAAUGCCAAUAUUAUAGAAUGUAUUGACAACUCAGGAGUUUAUACAAAUGAGUAUUGUGGCAGAGAAAUGCAAGAUCUGGGAGGAGGAGAAAGAACCACAGGAUUUGAACUAAUGGAUGGAGUUAAAACAUCAGCUGCACCUGAGAUAUGCCAAGAAUAUCCAGGAACAUUAGGAAGAAAUUCAAUGAGAGAAUGUAGAGAUGGAGGUCUCAAUAUGAAUUUCAUGGAAAGUUACUUCUGCCAGAAAGCUUAUGCUUAUGCGGAUGAAGAUGAAGGACGCCCAUCCAAUGACUGUUUGCUCAUCUAUGACAUUGAAGGUGUAGGCUCCCCUGCAGGCUCCGUGGGCUGUUGCAGCUUCAUUGGAGAGGAUUUAGAUGAAAGCUUCCUGGAUACCUUGGGGCCCAAGUUUAAGAAGUUGGCAGACAUCAGCCUGGGAAAAGAAAUAGACUCAUAUCCAGAUCCCGAACCUUCUUGGCCUCCUCAAAACACCGAACCAAUAUGCCUCCAACAAACAGAGCCCCUUACUAGUGGACACCCACCCAUCUCCCCACAUUAUGGCACUACCACAGUAAUUUCUGAGAAUACCUACCCCUCUGGCCCUGGUGUACAACAUCCUAUGCAGAUUCCUGACCCUCUAGGCUAUGGGAAUGUCACUGUGAUGGAGUCAUAUACUACCUCUGGCACCCUGAAGCCCUCUGUCCACUUUCAUGAUAACCGACAGGCUUCAAAUGUGGUGGUGACAGAGAGGGUAGUGGGCCCCAUCUCUGGUGCUGAUUUGCAUGGGAUGUUAGAGAUACCCGACUUAAGAGAUGGAUCAAAUGUUAUAGUGACAGAAAGGGUAAUAGCCCCAGGCUCAAGUCUGCCCACCACUCUGACCAUUCCUAAUCCUAGAGAGUCUUCAAAUGUGGUUGUGACAGAAAGAGUGAUUCAACCAACUUCCAGCAUGAUGGGCAACCUGAGCAUGCCCCCUGAGUUAUCAAAUACCCACAAUGUGAUUGUGACGGAGAGGGUGGUUUCCGGGGCUGGCGUAAGCGGAAUUAGUGGCCCCACUGGCAUAGGCGGCAGCCUGGUUAGCACCACCAUGGGUGCUGGUGGCGGGGGUCUAAGUGGGGCUGGAGUAGGUGGUGGCAGCACUGGGCUGAGCAGCUUUAGUGGAGGCGGGGCCCUGAGCAGCAUGGGCGGGACAGCCACCAUUGGCCACAUGAAGAGUUCUUCCGACCAUCACUUUAGCCAGACAGUUGGAUCUGCCUCACCUAGCAUGGCUCGAAGCCGAAUCACAAAGUACAGUACGGUACAAUAUACCAAGUAGUCAGGGUCCCAGAGUA